AUGCCAACAAACUGGGAAGAUUUGCUAUGGCGUCCGUUGCAUACUGUAAAAGCUACCAUGGAUUAUCAAAGCGAUCAUCCUAUGGAUUUAUGUUUUGAAGUUGGUGAUAUUAUUGAUGUCCUUGGCAUCGAAAAUGAUAAUUGGUGGAAUGGCUGCAUCGUAGAAUGUCAUGGCGCAAAAUCAAAGAAUUUUGGUUCAUUUCCAAAAAUCUUUGUCGAAAUAAUCGAUGAAUCUCCUCAAAAAUCAUCUAAACCUAAAAAAAUUACAAAUACUUGGUUUAAAGAUGAGCUUCAAAAGGCUUUAGGACAACAGAGUGAGAAUGUUAUCUCGAAAUCAAAACCGAUCGUUAAUUCAAAAUCUUUGGUUAAAUCUCAACCAUCUGCUGAUAAACUACCACCGCCACUACCUUCACGUGAAAAACUUAUGAUCCGUCAAAAUUCUACAUCUUCAGUCGAAACUGUCGCUUCAAGGAAGAUAUCUCCGACGAGACAAGAUUCGUAUCGUCUAGAUAGUCCGGUACUUAGAAGGAAGAAUUCAUCUAAUUCUAUCGGUAGUGAAAAAAGCAGCAGCAAAGCUUCAACCGCCUUUUCAAUCGACAGUGAAACACUUGUUGAGUCUGAAGAGGAUCCUGAUCCUAUUAGUCGUUGCUUGCCUAUAGUUGACAAGGAUUUCGAAGAAUAUUUGGUAACGUCCG